CUUGAGUGUUCUUCUCUGACACGCAUUGCGACCUGAGAGUGAGUGCGGCGGCCUCCAGUAGGUAUAAUAUUACAUGCGGUGCAUUAAUACAAUAAACAUUUUUGUCUUCCCCUCAUCAACUCCUAUUAUAGCGUAGCUUUUUUUACAAUCGAUAACUCUUCUCCACAGUGAUUCAAUUCAACACAUUGAUUGUUUUUUAGAUCAAGUACAACCUCAAAUUUUUCCAACCGUUUGCUCCUGUAGAAGCGACCUUACUGAGGACACAAUUUGAUUGUUUUUUCUAGAAGCAUUCUCUUGCUCCUCGAGUCGUCUAUUUUUACCCUCAUUAAUUUCGUACUAGGAUUGGCUCCACCACUCUUAUUUCGUACUAGGAUUAAUAUAGAUGAUUCUGUCAUUCCAACUCCUUCUAUUCACCAGUAUCUUCAUCCUCUUCAAGUUUGAAAAUUAUACCUCUUGUUCAAGUUCGUUAUAACACAUGAUGCUGACAAUUGCCGCGAAAACAUCAACAAGUGCUGCUGGUACAACUCUGUGUCGACCUCGAGAUGCCGGUAGACAUGUCUCUUAACGAAGAUCACCACGAAGAGCCUGUAUCUUUGACUGCGGAGGAACUUUCGUAUUUGGAGGAGAGUGAAUUUGCGCAGGACACGGAGACUUUCGAGGCGAUCCGGCAGUCUUGCGCAGCCCUGGAACGAAGAGUGUCCAAGCGUCUAUCGCAACGACAGAUCGAGGUUAAUAUUCAGAAACGGCCUCUUUCGAGUCAACCUCAACCUGGAGGAGGUCUACUUGGCUCAUCUGCGGUUUCAGGAAACAGUGAAAAUACUACUUCGGAGGAGGCCUCGUCCCCAUUCACAGCGGAAGCCCCUCUGGCGAACCGUCCGUCAUACGUUAUCAAGUUAAGUAUGUAGUUGUGUGUCGUCACUACUUGGUGUAGUUGUUCAGGAAAUGUUGUAAAUCCAUCUACUAGUUCUUCUAGUAGAAAAAUGAUGAUUUUUGACUGUUAUUUUGACAUCAUGACGCAUUUUGAUCUUCUUGGAGUCUCGCGUGGUUCCUCCAGAAAAAUUGGAAAAUAGUCGUCUAGCAUAAAAACUCGUCAUCUCGAUAAAAAACACACCCCUCCUCUUCUAAGAGAAGCAGCGUCGAACAAGUCUCAGAGGCGAAUCAGUCGUGAUUUCUACGCCGACAUCACUGAGAACAGCUCUACUGCAGGUGUGACCUCAGCUUUGAUCAGUAGCGAGGAUUCGAGUUUGUUGAGCGACGGCAUCAAUAAGGAGGUCGAUUUGACCAAGUCGCCCGAACUUGGGCGCAUCAUUCGGGCUAGUAAGCGGUCCAGUUCAGCGGCCGCUUACGCACUGACAACCGAGACAGCUCGCGUCUCCAAACUUGGGAAGUCCACCCACAGUCUCUUCCAGUCCGGCAUCACCAAAGCCCAGCUGGUCCAGCUUCAGCGGUUGACGGAGGCAUCGGACGAAGACGACAAGGAACGUCAGGAACGCGAUAUUGACCUUAGCGGUCGGGAGACACAUCAACAUAUUACUAGAGCCUCGUCUUCUGCUCAAGGUCAAGAACAGUCUUCUAAGAAAAAGGGUAAGAAGCACGACUCUUCAGCAAGAAAUCAGGAAGUAGAAGAUCAAGAAUUCCCUACUUUCUUCCGAAAAACCCGACAAGUCGUAAAACUCGACACCCCCUCCACCGUGGUCGAUUCUACAGCUGCUACUUCCAACGACAACACCAACGAGCAGGAGGAAGCUGCAGCGCUAGGUAGUGAAUUUUUCACUGAGGUGAUUGCGGCCGAAAAUAUCCGUGAACGCCGAAAUAGACGGACAUCUACUCCUCCCAAAAGUACCAAGAGCCUCUCCCUGGAGCAGCAAUUCCGCUUAGCUGUUGGCACCAAUCCUGAAAAAGCAGCUCUCCCCAGUCCCUGGAAACGCACUUCGAGGGAAAGCCUAGUAGCUGCAUACAACAGUAACAACUCGGAGGACUCCUCUACCACCGUUUCUUGUGCACAUCCCACGGCCAAAACGGCACAAAAGCUUCGUGUCGAAGGCUCUGCAAAAAUGCCGGGAGAAGGAGUGUACUCGGAACACGAGUUCAAGGCCCUCGAGGCCACAACCAUCCAAGGCCUCAAGGACUUGCUGGCCGCACAACCGCCUGAUAUCCAAGGUGAAGGACUCCUCGACAUCUGGGAUGAACUCUGGACCAAGGAAUUGCAGAGCGUUGUGGUACUUCUUUGUGAUUUUUUCUAGCUACAGAAUAUUCUUGUUCUUUGAAGGUGGAGGUUGAUUCAGGUACAUCCGCAUCGAGGAAGCAGUAACUUAAGCGCUGAGAACACCGUGAAAGCACGUGACUAACUAGGAGGCUGCGUUCUAGAAAAACGAAAAAGAACAGAAGAGCUUGAAAAACAAUAUAAGCAUCAACAAGCUUGGUCCGAUCAUUCUUUUAAGGUUGUUGGUUCUUUGAUGUUGUCCUUGAAAUAGGUGUUUUUUAUUGAUCAUAUGUAUUGGCCCUCUCAAUAAAAAACCGUCUAAACACGCACAUCUUUGUUGUACUAUCUUCAUUUUGUCUUCCUCCAAGAACAUGAUCCCGUUUUCACAGGUGAACACCGUUGACGGUCCUUCUGACGACGUCACCAAUCCUGUCUACCCCUACGAGAAGAUCCGUGCCGUGGUCAAGGAUGGUGGCAACUGGAAGUGGCCUCGCAUGUGGCAGCGCUUUGACGAGCUCGAGCGUCGUGGACCCGCUUAUCGUCCCAAAGAAGUCUUGAACUGCGGGAAGCCCAACAAGAAUCCCCGCAUCGUGAAACAGAAGGUCUUGGUCGUCGGUGGCGGUCCCGUUGGCAUGCGCUGUGCGAUUGAGUUGGCUAUGGGCGGUCAUAAGGUGGUUCUCUGUGAGAAGAGACGCGAGGACAAGGGCAAGGGCUCACUUGGUUUCACGAACCGCAUCAACCGCCCGCAUAACUGGCCGUUUCUAAAGCACGACUUGGAGAAAUUGAACGGAAAGGAGUUGCUGAGUCAGAAAGCUUGUUUAAGGGUUUCCACGUCGCAUCCUUCACUACCAUUCUUGACAUAUUUUCCCAUAGGAAAGAAGUCAAGGAUGCUCUGAAGAAUGCGAUGCCGCAACCUCCAACUUGUUAUCCGGUGUUCACGGAACCGCACACGUCGUCCAUUGGUAUCGACGAACUGCAAUGCUUGUUGUUGAAGAACUUGCUGCUUCUGGGUGUCGAGUUCCGCUUGGGCGUUGGUUUCAAGGACGCCAAAUGCGUUGCCGGAAACGCGACCACUGCGCCAAAAUGGGGCGUCACGCUCACCUACGACGCGGCUGCCAAGGCCAAGUUCGGCAAAGACUCCGAUGAGGUUCAGGAAACUUUUGGCGUGAUUCUAGGUUGCGAUGGUCCACGUUCCACUGUCCGUGAGAAGCUCCAGACCCAUUUCGGUGGCGUCGAAAAGCGCAAGUUCAUGGACGCGGUUGGCAUUGUCGCGAACAUCGAGAAGUUGCCGCGUAAGCGCGCUUUGGAGCUGGGUUUCAAGCAGGAUCUGGAAGAUAUGAACCGCUCCAAGAUGUUGUUCAAGCCCUUCUUCAAGAAAAUCAUGGACGAAGCAGAUAUCGACUUGGACGUGGUCAUCUACUAUCGCGCCGCGUCGCACAACUACUGCAUCUUUGCGCCCACGCGUAAGAACCUGAUCAAACACGGCGUGUCCGGAAAGAUCUACCAUCACACCGAAGCACGUCAGGCCGCUGCUGGAGCGGGAUCGGAAAAGGAGAAACUCCGUGACUACGUCAAGAAAAUCCUCAAAGCUGCGGAGAUCCCCUUCGACGAAAACGCUGGAUCCAAUGGUGGCUUCGUCAAGGCUCCGAAUGACGUGAUGGCCUUCGAUUUCGCGGAGUGCUGGAACUGCAAGAAGUCCUUCGCUGUCAAUUUGCCGGAUCCGAGCAAGGACCAGAGUGGAAGUACUUGUUUCGCUUUAUCAUUGCUUUUUAGAGAAGCAAGUGAAGUCUAGAUGUAGUUGCGAACAUCGUUCGUCUAAGAUCACCGUAUAAAAAUUUGUUAUUGUCGGAACUACUUUUACAUCACUAUGAAUAGGAGCUCCUCGAUCAUGAGUACUCACUUUCUAAAUCAAUCGGUUUAUGCACAUUCAAUCAAAAAGACCAUCUACCUUACCCCACUACAGCAAACUGGACGCCUCCGGUCGGUCUCUGCGGUGAUUCCUUAUUGGAGCCUUUCUGGCCCAUGGGUCUCGGACUAAAGCGUGGAUGGCAAGCGAUCAUGGAUACAUGCUACGCGGUCGAUAACAUCUACAAUCAGGAACUUUUUACCGGUACACCUAGAAGUUUUGACUAGUGAUUGGGCUCUGUAUCAUGAUUUGAUUGAAGUGAUUGCGGUGAUGUUGAAGAAGAUCUACAACUAUCUUUUAAGGGUGUUGUUAAUUCAUUGGGAAGUACUGAUAUAGCCUAUGGACUCUACCUCUACUUCGUUCCAGGUUGCGGAUUGCUCAUCAAGAAGCUUAGUAAAGAGUGUAAAAUAAAGCUAUUUAGGACGUAUUCGUAAAAAACACACCUAAAAAAACACGACAGGGGCAGUUCCCGGCAAGCCAACUCCGUCCAAGGAACUUAAUCCUGCCAAGACUCAGACCAACUGGUUGCCCUGGAAGGUGCACCAAGCUCAGUUCAUCGAGCAGCUGAGCCAGAACUUCGAGUUUUGCUCUCGCUUAUGCAUCACGGAGGAGGCUGGAAAGGGUGAGUUCAACGAGAAGAACGCGGUGAAUUUGCAAUUGAAGAAGAUCAACAAAGACGCGCCAAAAGCUUCUUACCUGAUCGAGGUCGACCCGUGGACGCGCUAUGCGCCACUGAAGCAGAAGAAGGAGGAAGCCUUCAAAUAUGCGCCAUCUGAUAAGCGUCCUACGGAAGACAAAGUGCUGGAGUACCAGUGGAAAUUCGAGAACAACUGGCCUACGGAUUGCACUCCGAAGGUGGUGAAGCAUCCUCUAUCUGUGGAUGGCAGGAAAAUUGAGGUCGACGUUGACGAAGACGAUGCGAACGACAACAACACGUUCAGUCCUCCUGCGCGACGACUGAGUGGAGAACAGAUGACGCAGAUCACGCAAAAAGCGGGCGAAACGACUAGGCGAUUGAGUGAUAAGAUUGUGGCCCAGAAAAUCGACGAUGUCGUCGCGCCAGGAAGUGGACAGAAGAAAGCGGCUGCUGGUACACAGUUUACUUAGUUUAGUUGUUAGAGGUUUUUUUUAGACUUCUCAGUGAACGAUGUUGACGUGUUGUAUGUUUCGUUGCAGGUUCUUGACAUCAAAGAUGAGGAGGUUUACAAAUUAUUCAACGUGAUCAUCUUCAUUGCCCUCGUUCAUUCUCUCGAUCUCCGUCGAAUUUUCCACAUCUCGUAGGUGCAUUCGGCGUCUUCAUGCAGCGAGCUGGCGAAACCUAUACUCAAAAGGCCAUCCAGAAACCAGACUUACAAACCGCCGCAUCUGAUCACUACUCCACUGCAGUCACUAGCUCCAACUUGGUCGGGGACAAACUCGAAGCACUGAAGAUGGUUCGUAAACUAAAGGCGGAAGCUCUAGCUAAGGUCCAGGAGUACGAAACGAUGGAACGAUUGCUGCUUGCCGGGAACCGUAUCUCCGAUGCGGCGGCGCAUAUUGGUGGCGCAAGAGCGUCAAUGGCCAUGGCAGAGCAGAUGGACGCGGAGUACGGACCAGGAGGUGGAGACAGGUUUUCGGGAGCUUCUGAGUACGAAGAGCCAAUGGACGCGCACGCUCUUUUGAUGCAAAACCUCACUCAGGACAUGCAUGAUGUGUUCACGUACCCCGGGAAUAAGAUCUCUUGAGAGGAGUAGAGGAACGUGGAAUAAUGAGGCUCCAAUGCUUCAGAGGUGAAGCGAUCUUCCUCUUCUAGUAGGGAAGAAGAUACAUAUUUUACUGCGGAGACUGUGAAAAAUCACUGAUAUUAAGUGACACGACUAGUGAUUCUUGUGUAUGAUGAAAACAUAAGUUGUGUAGUUAUAGAAUUCUUGGACAAAUUAUCAUUAUUUCUUGAUGUAUCUGUACCUGCUCUUUUUAAUGAACCGUUCCCGUUGUCGGUCCUCAUCAAAUGUACUGUACUUAGUUUUCUUUCAAAUCGUAUUGCACCGUCUACAUGAUGAAUGUUUACUUCUCUACUGCCUCGAUAGAAAGAUGCUUGUAUGCUGGUAGCGGUUUUCCAAUAUUGUGCAGUCUGGAUGGCAUACAAAUACUACAGGACUCUUCUGUUUGAGCAACGACACAUCACGAUUGUAUUAAUCUUACCAUAUUAUGAUCACACGAUGGCAAUACAAAGACAAAGUCGUCCAUAUAUAGCGUAUUCAUCAAAUACAAAACAAAUGUAGUGGCACGAGCGCGACAUCAAUCCAAUAAGAGGUAGGUGCUGCAUGUAAAGAAAUCGAGGCCGAAUAAAAAUAGCUUGCGCUUCAUUGGAGCUGCCAUUGCCGAAUCACAUUGAUGAAAAUUGUAUUCGUAGUUGGUCUUAUAUAUUUUCUUACAGAAUUAGAAGAGGAAGAAGGGGAAUUUCGAAUACGAAUGUUAAUGUUACUGCGCGAAUCGACGUAAGUGAGAAUAAAUCAGCAUGUUGAAGAAAAGGGAUAUUAGCAAAUGUCAUCAUAGAGAUUAAUAUAUUCAAGGACUUUUUUUACUAUAAAAAUGAUCUACUCAUGGAAAUAUAGAGGGUAUGCUGUCACUUUAAGGGCAAAAAACAAGAUAAAACAAAAAGAAAAACGUAGGUAGAAUAGGCAUGUCACUGACCAUCCAAUGGUCGUGUCUUGAGAAGGAUGCAGCUUCAAAUCGUUACUCGUUACAAAAAUGAACUCAGAAGAGAUUCAGGGAAGUCGUAGGUCCAAUCCGAACCGACUAGCGUCAUCAUCAUCAGAAAAGAAUAGCAACGUCUGGAAGGUAGCCUUGUACUCCUGUCAAGAAAAAAUAGAGCACCAAAAGUUUAUUUGCUCAGGUUUGCGACCGCGUUAGCUUUGAAGCGCGCGCAAUGAGUGUCGUGUAUG